AUGUCUGGCUCUACCAUCCUGCUGCCACUGUUACUGCUGCUCUCUGGAUCCUCAGCCUCCAACUUCAACGGAGGGACCAUGACCUUUAACCCCAAAGGAGUCAACGCAGACGGAUCCUACACAGUAAGACCACAAAACUAUGGUGGUAACUGGAUCACCACAGUUGAAGGGGAUAUAUCAUGGAAACUACAAACUACGGUGGAUCUGGGAGUGAGGUCUGACACAGGGACAGCCAACCGAUCCCCACAGACCACAGUCAUACCUCUUCUGCUAGUUCCAGUGAAUUGUCCCAGGGAUUUUCAGCUUUUGGCCCAUGAUCCAGAUGGAGACCUGGUUCAGUGCAGACUAGGUCUGUCUGGGAACCAGGAGUGUGCUGAUUGUUCACUACCUGUACCAAGCAUUUUUACACUGAAAUCACCAUGCACGCUAUCUUACUUGAACACUUCCAACUCAGUUGGAAACACGUACGCGGUGCAGCUUAUGAUGGAGGACUUCCCCACUGCGUCUAUAACCCUGACCUACAAGGAUGGCUCGCUGUCCAACCGAAAUCCCUCCAGCCCUCUCAGCAAGUUGCCCGUACAGUUUGCAGUCACAGUUGGGGCUGCAGUGCCCUCCUGUGCUGAGGGGGAAUAUCUCCCCAGGUUCCUGUCCCCGACGCCGGCCUACGGAACCCACUUCUACAUCGCUGUCAACAACACACUGGAGAUCUCAGUCAGGGCAGAGGCCAAUCUUUCUAUGUGA